AGUGCUGCAGCAUCAGUGCAUGUGUGUAUGUGUGAGAGAGCAGCACAGAAUGAGAGAGAGAGAGCGAUGAGUGUGUGUGAGCGGAGUGUGUGAGUGCGAAGCACCGGGGAUCCUGAGCCUGAAGGGGAGCAGUGUGACGAGAGGGGGGCUUUUCUGCCUGUGGAUGUAUGUGCCAGGACAGCGGGUUUUGUUUGCAGGGGAGCGUACAUGUGCGUGGAUGUGUGUGUGUGUGAGAGACAGGGAGUGUGGGCAUGCCAGCGUGCGUGUGUGUAUGGGUAACAGUGUCGUCGAUCAGCGACGGGCUCUUCGCAUUAUGCAGCCGACGGUGCUCAUCACACUUUGAGGACUGACUCAUCUAGACCGGGCUGUGGAGACAGAAGAGACAGAAGAGAAAGAAAGACAGAUGGAUGCAAGGAGAGAAAGACAGUUUUAGGCUCUUGAUGCUUUGGGUCCCUCCAGACCGUCCAAAGGUCUAGUCCAUUUGUGGGACGCCAGUAGCUUCACACCGGCCCCCCUUUUCCCUCUCAAAUUGGAAUUGCAGACACAUUGCAGACAGGUAGCCAAAAUUGCCCAAAAAAAAAAAACCCCUGAAAGGAAAAUAAAUUCACAGACGUCAUCUGACUUGAAGGAAGGUUUUCAUUUCAUUUCUGCUCCACGGAGUAGGACAAGAGGGUCUUCUGUCUCUGCGGGGUCUUUUUUUUCUUUUUUUUUUUUUUUUUAACGCUUGACAUCGUUCUUUUUUUUACGGGGGGUUGCAGAAUCCUAUCCCAGUACCGAGGGGGGAGAUAAGAGGCUGGCAGACGAGACGGGACAGACGCACGCAUGGCUCGCCUCAACUGGUGCCUGGCUGCCGUCAUCAGCUGGGGCAAGUUCCUCUUUGCCUGCUUCUUUCCUCUGCGGGGGUCCAAGCGAGACAAGCCCGACGAGCUGGAGGGCGUCCACACACACACCUUCAAGCUGAAGCCAUUCAAGAAGGCCAAGAGCUGUGAUAUAUGCAAACAGGCCAUCACCAAGGAGGGCCUCAUCUGCAAAGCGUGCCGGUUGUCCUGCCACAGAAAAUGUGAAGUGAAGGUCACCACAUCAUGUCAAACAACUACCAACAAUGAGCUGCCUCCCACUCCUCAGCUGCCAUUAAAGCAUGUAGAUACACCGGGAUCUACAAGGUCCUGCAAGAGUGUGGAGAUAAGGCGAAAGCAGUCUGGGAGUCAGAGUGUGGUUCAGGCCAUGGAGGAGAGCUAUGAGGUGGACCUGGUCUACAUCACAGAGAGGAUCAUCUCUGUCUGUUUCCCCGCUGCUGCCGAGGAACGCAGCUACACCACCAACCUCAAAGAGGUGGCGACGAUGCUGCGGUCCAAACAUGGCGAGCACUAUCUGAUUCUCAACCUGAGCGAGUGGAGGAGUGACUUGUCAAAGUUAAACCCAAAGGUUCUGGAGUUUGGCUGGCCGGAUCACCAUGCACCGGCGCUGGACAAGAUCUGCAGCAUGUGCAAGGCCAUCGACACAUGGCUCAAUGGAGACCCGCGGAACGUAGUGGUACUGCACAACAAGGGGAACCGAGGUCGAACAGGGGUGGUGGUGGCUGCGUACAUGCACUACAGCAGCAUAUCCGCAAGUGCUGACCAGGCGUUGGACAGGUUUGCCAUGAGGCGCUUCUACGAGGACAAAGCACUUCCUGUGGGUCAGCCGUCACAGAUAAGGUAUGUGCGAUACUUCAACGGCCUUCUUUCCGGACACAUAAAAAUCAACAACAAGCCACUGUUCCUGCAUCACGUUAUCAUGCACGGCAUACCCAACUUUGAAUCCAAAGGAGGAUGCCGUCCUUUCCUGAAGAUCUACCAGGCAAUGCAACCAGUCUAUACGUCGGGAAUAUACAAUGUGCAAGGAGACAGCAACACCAGUAUCUGCAUCACUAUUGAACCCGGCCUUCUUCUAAAGGGAGACAUCCUGUUGAAGUGUUACCACAAGAGGUUCAGAAACUCCACCAGAGAUGUGAUGUUCAGGGUGCAGUUCCACACCUGCGCCAUCCACGACCUCGGGGUGGUGUUUGGGAAAAACGAGCUGGAUGAGACCUUCAAAGGUAACGGCUCUCCGGAUGAAAGGUUCCCAGAAUAUGGGAAGGUGGAGUUUGUUUUCUCUUAUGGACCAGAAAAAAUCAAAGGCCUGGGCCACCUGGAGAACGGGCCGAGCGUUUCUGUGGACUACAACACCCAGGACCCUCUGAUCCGCUGGGACUCGUACGAGAGCUUCAGCCAGCGCUGUGAGGACACUGUGGAUGGCGAGCACGAUGCUGGUCAUACCCAAGGUCCACUUGAUGGAAGUCUAUAUGCCCGGGUCCGCAAGAAAGAUUCCCUGGAGGGAGUUGUCACCAUCAACGGCCUCCCAGUCCAUGAAAACCCCUUGACCAAUGCAGAGAAUCCGUUACAACACCCCAGCCAUCCCCUCCAAACCACUGACCAGACCCUUCCUGUGACAGGCCACGCUGCCCUCCCUGCCGUCGACCACACCCUCUCCGUGAGCAGCGACUCAGGCAACUCUACCGCAUCCGUCAAGACUGAUCGUACUGAUGAGCACAGCCAGUCCGUGCAGGGCCCCGUGAACCACAACAACCCAACUGCGACCCACCCACCGCUCAGCCCACAGGAAAAAAGAGAGCUUGACCAGCUUCUGAGUGGCCUAGAAGCACCAACUUACCAACGACAAGACUACCUGUCCACGUCCACCAGUCCAGGAGGAGGUGUCCGACACCUGGUUCCAGCGCAGGUGCACGUCAACGGGGGCCACACCAGGCUAGUUGCGGCCCCUUCAACAGAGGAACGUGAAACAGAUAUUCUAGACGACGAGCUGCCCAACAGCCAAGAGGGUAACAGUGUGGACAGCUUGGGCACGCUCUCAUCCCUAGAGGGCCAGGCAACACCGGCUGACCUUUGCUACCAAUCACCGACCCCUAACAGCAGGCAGAACGACCGACCCUACCUUGAGAGAGUUGUUCUUGGGGAAAAGUUGAGCGAGAUGCCCGUGCAUGGAAUACGUACACCCACGACGAUGCAAGAGAGGUCUGUGGACUCUGCAUCGCCACAGGGGGGAUAUAACAACUACCAGAACGGAGGAGGGAUGUAUCGUUCACAGUCCUUUGGGAAUCCGACAGCCAGCAGCCCUGAGACAAACCCUAAACUGAUGCCCAGGGCCCCAGAGAGGAGCACUAGUAGUCGAGAGGCUGUUCAAAGAGGUCUCAACACCUGGCACCAGUAUAGCCUCCCAGAUGAUCCGUUUGGCCCUCCUCUUCAGUCAACACAUAGCUUGCCCCACUUCCCCAAUUCAGCCUCGCAGCGGGACAUUGAGCAGUCCAUUGAGGCGCUCAACAUGCUCAUGCUGGACCUGGACCCAAUCAACUCCCACAUGUCCAAGUCCCACAGUGCGCCUCCUGGGGAGAACAGCCUCAAUUCCUCCCAGGUACCCUUCUCACAGACCCUUGCAAGACCCUCAUACCAAGCAGACUCUGCCAUCCAUGGUUUCAACAACUCUGGGUCUGUCAACAACUCCUUUAAUCAGCCACUGCGGUCGACUGGGAGAGUCUCAACGUUGCCCAACCAGAGUCCUGUGAUGGAAUCCCCGGUGUAUUCUCCCCAAAGGUCCAACGCCGCCUACCAACACCAAAACACCACCCCAACACACACCCCAGAGCCCUACCUCCAGACACGCCAAGCAACCCACCACUACCCCACAGAUCCCUCCGCUAAUUUCAUCCAGCAGGUGCCAGUGAAGCCUGUGAACUCGUACCAAGGCAGUGUGGUUUCCCACUCCCCGGACCUGCAGGGAUCGUCUCCUUAUCCAGGCUACAGUGCCUCCUCCUCUCCUCUCCCUGCACUCACCCCCCAACCUAAGGAUAUGUCUUCUUCAUCCUUGCCCAGAGAACAAGAAACAGAGGAGGAGACGCUUAACUUGGAGGGCCUGGUGGCUCACCGCAUCGCCGAGUACAACGCUCGUAUUCGGGGCAUCAGUGAAAGCAUGACAUCGCAACAAUCUGACCGCCAUCGCUCCUUUUCCUUCUCUGGGGUUCGCUCCAGAGGAAUGACCCCAGAAGUGACGCAGGAGAUGGGUCGACGUCGGACCACCAGUGAGGGACAGUACCAGAGCAGCCAUGAUAACAUGUCGAUGGUGGAUUCACCGGACUUCGCCCACAAUCUGGCUCUCAACCCUGGAGGAAGACCCAGAGAGGGUACCAUACACAGCUACCGGGAGGCGUUUGAGGACGACGGUGGGGACAGUCCCAUCUUCGGAGGCGGUGGUGAGAAUUCCCCCCAGACCCCCAGCUUUCCCGUGUCGCCACAGACUCCGUACUUCAACAUGUCUCGCUCUCCUCCAGGUUUGACCAAGACUCCUCUGUCAGCACUGGGACUGAAGCCCCAUCACCUGGGCGGAUCAGACUCUGAUUCUAAUGAUGGAGAGCAAGAUAAUCGCAGUUUUGGGGACUCCAGAGCACAACCGUUCAACGUUCCUCUCUCCUCCAGUAGUCCCAUCCACAGCGCUGAUGGAAGGAGGAUUGGUUCUUCAGAAGGCGCCCCGCACAGCCCUGUCCCCUCCUACCCCCACAGACCCGCCUCCCCUGAGGGCUCCCAGGUCAACAUCAUGGGCGUCCACACCAUCCCCGGCAGCCCCAACACCCUCCACCGCACAGUGGCCACCAACACACCGCCGAGCCCCGCCCUCCAGAGACGCUUGGGUCAAGCCAGCCCCUCGUUGGCCAGACACCCUUCUCCAGCCGGCGUCCCCUCCAGCCCUCUGAUUGGCCGAAACGCUAAAACAGCAGCCGCUGGCGUGCCUCCCAGCCCCCUGAUGGGGCGCCGCACGGCGGCGAGCGGCCACAGCACGCCUGAUGAGCUCGGCGCUGCUUCUCGUCAGUGGAGCGCCCAACCGCCCUCCACGCCUGCCUUCCCCGUCUCCCCACAGCUGCCGGAGAAGAGGCACAUGUCCAGCGGUGACGCAGAGAGGACGGAAAACAAGAACCUGACGCCGACACCGGCCAGCGUUGGCAGCACGCCAAACCUGUCUGGCACACACACGCUCCCAGACGUCUCAAAGUCCAUAUAUGAUGGUUAUCCAGACAUUAAGAUGAAUGUCAAGUUUGUCCAGGACACUUCAAAGUACUGGUACAAGCCAGACAUCACCAGGGAGCAAGCCAUCAAUGUGUUGAAGGACAGGGAGCCCGGGGCGUUCGUCAUAAGGGACAGCCAUUCCUUCCGCGGAGCCUACGGCCUGGCUAUGAAGGUGGCCUGCCCCCCACCGACCAUCCAACAGAACAAAAAAGUUGGUGACAUGACUAAUGAGCUGGUGAGGCACUUCCUGAUUGAGACGAGCCCCAAAGGCGUCCGUCUGAAGGGUUGCCCCAACGAGCCCUACUUCGGUUGUCUUUCUGCUCUGGUGUACCAACACUCAAUGACUCCGCUGGCUCUGCCCUGUAAGCUGAUGAUCCCCGCCAAAGACCCAAAUGAAGAGGCGUUGGAGCUUGCCACGCCUACUGAUCCAGUUGUUGAACUUCUGAAGCAGGGAGCGGUUCAGAAGGUUCCUGAGGACGCCCAUGCGUGCAAUGUUCUCUACAUAAACUCGGUGGACAUGGAGUCUCUCACGGGCCCUCAGGCCAUCGCCAAGGCGAUCGGUCAGACACUAGCGGCCAACCCUCUGCCUGCCGCGACCACCGUUCACUUCAAAGUGUCCACACAAGGCAUCACGCUCACCGACAGUCAGAGGAAGCUUUUCUUCAGACGACACUAUCCCAUCAACACGGUAACCUACUGUGACAUUGAUCCCCAGGACAGAAAGUGGGGCAAAGAAGGCGGUGGUUCAGUGAAGCUUUUUGGAUUCGUGGCAAGGAAACAAGGAAGCACAACAGACAAUGUCAGCCACCUGUUCGCUGAGCUGGACCCAGAUCAGCCCGCCUCCGCGAUCGUCAGCUUUGCCUCCAAAAUGAUGAAGCGGUGAAACCCCUAAUGUCCAAAUGGCAGCGGCCAUUUUGAAAUCUUCCUUCGUCAUUGGUGUCUUUUUUUCGCCAGGACUCGAUGAUGUCCUUUUUUUUCCUCUGUUUCCUAUUGGUUUCGUUCUUUUGUUUCCCUUCUCUCUCUUUUUCUCUCUGCCUUGCUGGUUUGUCUUGACUUUGGUCUUUUUUGGAAGCGUCUCUAUUUAAAGGAUUUGGCGUGGAUCCAGAGUGGCGCUAGAGGAUGUGUGGUGUGGAGCUGUGAACGUGACAAACAUAAAGGCAAUUUGAAGGGAGAAAAUGUACUAACAGGGGAACCUGUGGAAGAAAAUGCUAGCUAAAGACUAAAGGAACAAUGCUAAGUUCGGUUGAGGAACAUGUAAGGACUCGUACGUUUCAGGGUUUUCUGUUUGUCGUUUUUUGUUGUUGAUUGAUUUACCAAAGGUAGUUGCAAUACAAGUGCAAGAAUGAUGUAGCUAAUAAGCCAUUAUUAUUUCCUCUUUUUAAAAGAUGAAGUGUUGCUCCAGAAAAAAAAAAAAAAAAUGAAAAGAAAUACGGUUUCUUCUUGAACUUGUCUUCAGGAAAAAAGUUGGCCUUGAUGGCUUUUAGCAAAACAGUGUCUGAAGACCUUAUGCAUGUUAGCUUGAUCUUUAAGCUUGGUUCUUCUACCUUCCACAAAAAAAAUCAUUGUGAAAUCCUUAGAGUGGUCAUUUCCGGGUCUGUUGUGUGUUGGAAAGGGCUCUGCAGUGAAACGUCGACUGAUCUAAACUGCGCAUAGCAAACCAGACUUUAAAAAAAAAAAAAAAAAAGCCACGCUAAGGUCACUGCACUUUGUGUCAGUGCACACUUGCAUCACCUCGGCCUCUGGUGGUCCAAGCCUGAUCUCUCUCUCUCUCUCUCAAACAUAUUGGAUUCCUGGAAUCAGCAAGCUCCUGAUCGCAUGGCAAGACGGAGAGAGGAAGACUGUUCACUGUCCACGAGAUGGCGCCACUCAUUCAGGCUUGGACCCAAAGUCACAUAGACUUGCCCAUCACCAACUGCUUGCAGUAGUGGAUCUGUUCAUAGACGCUGCCACUGAAACACACUGGAAAUCACCAGGGACUGGCCCGAUGACCUGGACCUAUGCACUGUUCUUUAUGCAUGUUGUUGUCCCGAAUUGCAUCCUCCCUCAUAGCUACGUUCAACAUCACUGAAAACAUUCUAUGCUGUGUGCUAAACAUGACUUUAAAACCUUUAGACAAGUACACUGAGGUUGUAUGACUUGUCAAAGACUGCAUGAAAUAGACAACAUUUUUGUACUCUUCUAUGAGUCCCGAAAAGAAGUAGACAACCCAUUGUUGAAGUAGUCACAUGAUGGUGAGAUGCUAUAUUUUUACUUAUUCUUUCUUUGUUUUUGGUCCAUUUGAGCCAGGGUUACCUUUCACUGUAUCAAGGACAGUCCGGUCUUUGUUUUUUCCUUCCACAGUGUCUUUGAAAUUUAAAUUUAGAUACCUUUUAGGGCAAAGAAGAAGAAAAAAAAAAACAAGGAGUUUCCACACUGUGCGCAAAUGCCUGCUUGUUGAACACAUGCUCAACCAUUCACAAUAAGCUAAGGAAAAUCGAUAUUGAUAUAAAUGUACAUAGAUAUACUACUUUGAAAGGUGACAUAGCGAAAAAGUAUUUAUUUUUGUUGCUUUGGUCCCUCAUGAUUACUCAUAUAUACAUAUAUUGUACAGUCUAGAUAAAGAAGAUUACCUAAUGGGUUGAGAGAAGAAAAAAAAAAGAUAUACUUAUUUUGGCUAAUGAUUUCAAGGUCUGACGAUUUUGAAAUGUGUUUGAAUAUAUGGUGUACAUUACUUUGUACAUGUAUAUGUUUGUUUUUUCGCCUCGUCAUGUUUUUCUUUUCUUUUUUUGCGUUGUCUCAGAACGAGGUAGGGCAUGAAUGAGAUAGAAGCGUCUGAUUUGCAUGGACAGAAGCAUUUUGAGUGCGUUUCAACAGCAGAAACGCGCUCAUAGAAGCAAAUGCGUUGUAGCUGAUCGCAAGAUCUUUUAGAAAAGGGAAGCACGAAAAAGUUCAGAAGCCAACCUCAAAUGCAAUAUGAAAACAGCUGUAUGCACCCCCAUAGUUAACAAGUAUAAUUUUGCCAAAGAGUCAAACAAUUUACAUCUAUGCCGACUGGCUGCAUGUCGCUCUUUUACGUUCAACUGCUACUCAGUUUCCAUUUUUUUUGUGUUCCACACUUGACACACCUCGCUCAGCUUUAGCAGCAAAUUUAAGGAAGUUCAACCCGCCAGGACACACGGUGUGUUAUAUUGGUCAUAUACAGUAAGUAGGGCAAGGGCCCUUGGGUUUACACAGCAAGACAUUCAGCUGCAGAUGACGAAAGCAUGGACCUUUUAUUACGAAUUUGUUUUUACUGGUGUCUCAACGCACCAAAAAUGUGUCCACCUGCAUCACCUGUUCAAGAGAGGAAAAAGGUCUGCUAGUGCCCCAGUUGGAAGUGUGUACACAAAGCACUUACAUUCACAAUACCAAAAGAAAAUUCCAUAUAGGUGUCAUUGCUGGAGGUAAAUGAAGUUGGACGUGUCUCACCGUGAUGCUAAAGCUCCAUAGCUGCAGCUUCGUCAGACUGCCAAAGGUGUCUUCUCCGGGACCUCUCGAAAGUCACUGAUUUAUUUAUUCUUAUUUAUUCUUUUUCUUAUUUUUCCUGAUAUGAUAAAAAAAAAAAAAAAAACCUUCACAUUUUUGCAGUUAUAAAGGUCAGUGUCAACAACGAAUGGGAGGAAUGUAGCCGACGGUGGCGCUUGAUUGAGAGCAAAGAGGUACAGUGCACUUAAACUGAGCUUUAUGCCAUUUGUAGUCAUUUGGAAG